AAACUUUGAAAAAAAAAUGAAAUUCGCUACUAUUUUAACUGCUGCUGCUGCUUUAUUCUCCUGUUCCGAAGCAAUCAUUCUUACUCUUGAAGCUAAGGGAACCGAAUUUGACGGGAAGAAGAUUUCUUAUGACCGUGCAGGUCCUGGUUACGGUUAUGCACUGAUAGAUACUGGUGCUGUCGCUUUUGUUCAUGAUUCUGAAAACCACAAAUUUUACUUGGACAGAGAUCACGAUUCUUUCUUGAGUGUUGCUGGAAAUGCAGUUGUAAUUGGAAGAACCCAUUCCUCAACUUUUGAUGUUGAAUAUAAUUGGUUAACUUACAAUGGAUCAUUCAAUAAUUUUAGUGCUUGUAAGAAAGUCAUUCCAGGUCGAGACACAGCAUAUGUGCUUUAUGCAGAGGAUGAAAAAGACCUUGAAGGCAAGGAAUGUACUAAAGUUAGAAUCAGUGUUUAUCAGAGCUAAGUGCCUAUCGAUAGCCGCUUUCAUGCCGUAUGUAGCUUUUUUUGUUUAGGUUAAAU